CCUGUUUAGGGGAACCGUUAAAUUUUUGGGUCUAAUCAUUUCCGGAACUUGUCAAAAUUUGGAACCGCUGGGAAUCAAUGAGCACCCAUCCCUGUUGGGAACUAGAACCACAAAUCUAUUUGUUUUUCGAAUAAUAUUAAUUUACAUUUUUUAAGUUUUGAUGAUGAUAGCCUCUCUACUAUACCUUCUGGUUCUUUUGAAAUUAAAUUUGGAACUGAUUUUGCUGAUAAAAUUAGAGAAAUGAGUUUUAUUGACUGGACAAAUCUUUCUAUUGAGAAUAUUGCUGAUAAAGGAAAACUUAUACGUUCUGCUUUGUUACCUGGAGGAAGUGGACCAGAAGUUGACGUUCCUAUAGAUCCGCAUUGGUCUAGAUUUGAGAAAGAGGAAGUUAACCCCCUAGAACGUGAAGUAGAAGUAAUUAUUGAUUAUGAUCCAACAAUAACUUUGCGUGAAGAUAUGCUUAAAAAAUUACAAAAAUUACUGGGAAUAGGAGAAAUAUCAGCAGUUGAAUUAGAAACACCCCCACAAACACCAGCAUCACCACCACAACAACAACAAACACAAUUAAUAACAAAUUCUAAUAAUUUAUUGAGUGGAAAUGUUGAAAAUAUUAGAAAUGUAAAUUUGAAUGAAAAAAAUUCUUUAAUUAUUUGUAAAAAAUGUGAAAAUGUGUUAGCACCAGAAAAGAGACCAAUUGAAGAAUUUGCUGUAAAUUUGGGAUUGUCUAAUGAAAAGUCUGCAAUAAUUACUUUUUGUUCAAUGCCAUGUUAUUUUACUUUUCUUGCUGAUAAACGUAUUCCUUUAACUGUUGAAUUAUUAGGGAUGGCUGAACGUUGUGUAAAUGAGGAAACCUUAGAAAUUUUACGUCAAGCAAGUGUUGAUAAUUUUGCAAAGAAAAUAAAUAAUGGAGGAGGAGAUCAACAAGGAGGCGGAGGAGGGGGAACUGAAGAAAAUUGUGGAGAAUUGCUAGAUUUAAAUUUACCGAGAGAAUUACGUUUAAAAUGUUCAGAAUUGGCAACUUUAAUUCAAGCAGAAAAAGAUAAAAAAGAAAAGAAUUUGAUGAAUAAAAAAAUUUUUAAAUGGAGAGGACAUGGAUGGACUAGAUGUGAUGUUGAAUUAAUUAAUUCUUUUAAUAAACAACAAGAGGAAAUUAAAAAAAAAAUUGACUCAAUCUACCUUAGAACAGCAAAUAAAAAAUAUGAAAUUCUUCGAAAUGAAGAUACUAGAUUUUGUGCUUUUUGUGGAGAAUUAGGUGAUGGUGAUCAAGAAUUGACUGGACGUUUAUUAAAUUUGGAUGCCAAUGAAUGGGUACAUGUAAAUUGUGCUUUGUGGUCAGCUGAAGUACAUGUUACUGAAGAGGGUGCAUUAAUCAAUGUGGAUGUCGCUUUACGUAAAGCACAAAAAGUUGAUUGCAAAAUUUGUAAUAAAAAAGGAGCAUCAAUACGUUGUUAUAAAUUGGAUUGUAUAAAUAAAGAUUUUGCUUUUCAUUUGCGUUGUGCUAAAAAAUGUAAUGGACAUUUUUUAAAAGACAAGACUUUCUUCUGUCCGAAUCAUGAAAUUCGACAAGAUUUUUUAAUUGCUCAUUUUGAUGCUUUAAAAAGAAUUUUUAUUCAACGAGAAGAAAAUUCAUUACUUUCAAAAAUAUUUAAUCAUUCAUAUUCUACAGAAAUGUUGAUGCGUGUUGGUUCACUUAUUUUCCACAAAAUUGGUCAAUUAUUACCAGAACAACUCAAAGCUUUUACUACUUCAGAUUAUAUAUUCCCGAUUGGCUAUAAAGUAACACGUAUAUUUUGGUCAAUUUCUGAAAUUUAUGAAAAUGAAAAAAUGUUUUAUGAAUGUUUAAUAACUGAAAAUGAAGGAAAACCUAAUUUUAUUGUAACAAUAUUAUCAAACAAAAAGGAGGAAGAGAAAAAAUUUUUUGGAGAAGAGCCAACAAAAAGUUGGGAGGAAAUACAAGAAUUAAUUUGCAAAUUACGUGAAAAUACUAAAGGAAAAUAUUUACGUUUUUUUCCAAAACAAUUAAGUGGAGAAGUUUUAUUUGGAUUUACAGAACCGGCAAUUAGUAAAAUGCUUGAAUCGGUAAGGGAGAUGAAAUUUUUAAAAUUAAAUUCUAAAAAAGCUGAUUUCGAUUUUUACAUACAUUCUUAA